AUGUCAUGCAAGACUGUUCGGGCGAAUGUUUCGUCGCGAAAUCGAGCCUAUUCUGCCAGUCUGGAUUUUUUAAUCACCCCUUCGAUCACCAAGCUGCCUACAGGUAAAGUAGACAUCAAUUCAUGGAAUUUUCCUCGAGAUUUUGAACUCGCCGAUCCUUCUUUUAACGUUCCACGCGAGGUGGACAUGAUAAUCGGCGCAGAAGUUUUCUAUGACGUUCUGAAGAAAGGACGAAUGAAAAUCGGUAACAACAUUCCUACUCUCGCUGAAACUAUGUUCGGCUGGGUUGUUAGCGGUUCAGCAAAGACAACAAAUAAACGAUCCUCCCAGCGUGUUUGCCAAGUGAACACCACCCAUGAUGAUGUUAAUCGAACCCUUAUGAAGUUUUGGGAGCUCGAAAAUUGUUGUAACUCUUCUACUAUGACUGCGGUGGAACGCGCCGUAGAAAUGCAUUUCGAAGAAACGCACCGUCGUUCAUCUGAUGGCCGUUUUAUCGUGCGCAUGCCUUUCAAUGAUCUCAGGAGUCAACUAGGCGAUUCCUUUGAAACUGCCAAGCAAAGAUUCAUCAAGCUAAUGAUGAGUCUUUCCCGAAAUCCUGCCAGGCAGGAACAAUAUGAGAAGUUCAUGAACGAAUAUUUGGCCCUCGGCCACAUGAAGGAAGUUAAUGACAGUCCCAAGGAAUGUUACUUCCUACCGCACCAUGCGGUCUUUAAGGAAUCAAGUUCCACAACGAAGAUUCGAGUCGUGUUCGACGCUUCGGCGGCGUCGUCAACAGGCAUUUCGCUGAAUGACACCCAAUUGGUCGGCCCAACGGUGCAAAGUGAUUUAGUCACUAUCAUUUUAAGAUUCUGCAUUCAUCAGGUGGUUCUGACAGCCGAUAUUCCCAAGAUGUACCGUCAAGUUCAGAUCCAUGAAGACGAUAGACGAUUCCAGCGUAUCUUAUGGCUCAACGAGAAGGGUGAAAUGUCUAUUUUCGAAUUAUCGACGGUCACAUAUGGUUGCUCAAGUGCGCCCUAUUUGGCAACACGCUCGCUGAUCCAGUUGGCUUCUGAUGAAUCUGAAACAUUCCCGCUCGCGGCGGAAGUAAUUCGAAAAGACAGCUACAUAGAUGAUUUCAUUACGGGUGGCAAAACAAUAGCUGACGUAAUUGAAAUAUACAAGCAGCUCAACGGAAUUCUCGAGAAAGGUGGUUUUGGUGUCCACAAGUUCUGCUCCAACAGCGAGGAAGUUUUAAAAAUGAUUCCAGCAGAACUUCAAGAAAAGCAGAUGGAUUUUGAAGGAUCGGACAUCAACAACACAAUCAAGACACUUGGACUGAUAUGGAAUCCAAGUGAAGACUACUUCGUGUUCAACGUACCACCGCUAGACAGCAGCAUCAAACCGACGAAGCGCAUAGUUUUGGCUGAAAUUGGACGUCUCUUCGACCCACUGGGAUUUUUGGGUCCAGUGGUGACUUUGGCGAAACUUACUAUGCAAGAACUAUGGCGAUUGAAAUUGGAUUGGGAAGAUGAACUUCCACAAGAGCAACUGGAAAUCUGGAAAUCGUUCCGGCAACAAUUGUGUUCAGUGAAGAAUAUUCGGAAGCAACGAUGUGUUAUUCCUGGAAAAGUGAAAAGCAUUGAACUACACGGGUAUUGUGACGCCUCUAAGGUUGCUUACGGUGCCUGCCUGUAUGUUCGAAGUUUAACUGAAAAUGAAGAAAUCGAAGUACGUUUGAUCUGCAGUAAAUCCCGUGUCGCACCACUCAAACCUAUGACCGUCCCUCGACUGGAACUCUGCGGAGCCCUCUUGUUGGCUCAACUUACUGAGAAGGUGAAAGAAGCUCUCAACAUUAAAUUCGACAGUGUUACGCUUUGGUCAGACUCACAAAUCGUUCUGAGUUGGCUGAAGAAAAGUCCAUUAACGUUAAAUGAAUUUGUAUGCAACCGAGUGGCUACUAUCGUAGAGCUUACUCACGACUACGAAUGGAGAUACGUACGAUCCCAAUGCAAUCCAGCAGAUUCUUUGUCCCGUGGAGAGCUUCCAGAGCAACUUUUGGAGAACGAGCAGUGGUGGACAGGCCCAGUCGCACUACACAAAAUGGAAUCGAUUGAAGAACCGACAUUUGAGAUUCUUGCAAUCGAAAGUUUGCCCGAAAUACGAAAGGUGAAACACACGCUGAUAAUGGCUCCAAAGCAACAACCAUUUGAUUUGUCACGUCUAAGCAACUUUAACCGAUUGAACCGAGCGUGGGGAUACGUGUUGAGGUUCAUUGCCAACAAAUGUACCAAGACGAAGAAUUAUGAGCCACUUACAGCAGAAGAGCUUUCCAGAGCAUCCCGCAUAAUUUGCAGAUUAGUUCAGAACCAAGCGUUCGGCGAUCUUAAAAAAGAUUUGUCAUCAGUUUCUAUGAAACGAAACAACUAUUCAAGUUUGGCACUUCAACUUUAA